ACACUGGGUCAUGAGUCGGUCAGUUCAGUCCCUCAGUAUCGUACGAGGACAAACAACCUGCGCGAGCGUUAACGACGUCUCAAACCUUCAGAAGAAAGUAUUGGAUUCCAUAAUUGACAGUUGGCAGGGCCACCUGGCCUGGCUGUGAGGUGCCCAGACUACUAAUGAGAGGGAAGGACCUACAAUAUCAUUGUGUGUUGUGGCCAGAACCAGCGUGAGGGACAACUACCAUGGCUGCCCCCAUAUAUAACCCUGGAGCUCCGUACUUGGCACCUAUUCCUGGAGGCUUCUCACCGGGGAAGAUUGCUCAUGUCACAGGAACUUUCACAACAAAUGCUAACAGUUUCAUCCUAAAAUUACAAUCUGGACCAACUGGUGACCCCACAGAUGAAAUUGGUCUGUGUAUGUACGGGCGAGUGGUGGAGGGCGUAGUGGGAAGAAAUUCCUUCACCAGAGCCAUGGGAUGGGGCCAAGAGGAGGCCACCAACACUCUGGCUCUUGCACGAGGACAGAACUUUGAUGUCACCAUCAUGUGUGAUCCCAUCAACUUUAAGAUUGCUAUCAAUCAUGACCACUUCGCUGAAUUUAACCAUCGCACCAACCCGGCAACGAUGACAUACUUAAAUAUCGCCAGCACCAGUCAAGACAUGAACUUAGCGUGUGUAUGGAUUGAAGACUCUAGUCCUCCUCCAUAUGCUCAGAUGGCCCCAGUAGGUCCACACUACCCUCCUAUCAGUGGCUAUGAGCCACCACCACCUUACUCUGGUGGUCCAGGAUAUUCUCAACCUUUUCCCAACCAACAAAUGUACCAGCAGUCAGCUCCCCCCGGCCAGUAUGGGCAAGCACCACCACCACAACACUCAAGUGGCAGCAGUGGUAAAGGGAUGUUAGGGAUGGUGGCAGGAGCAGGUACAGCCGUCGCCGGGGCCUUGGGUGCUUCUCAUCUUAUAGGAAAAUCCAAGACGAAUGGUGGCUACCCUAGCUCUGGUGGCUCUGGAGGAGGACUUCUCAACAAGGCCUUAGGGAUGGGUGGUGCCGUUGGUGGAGCGUCCAUGUUGGGAGGAUCGAAGGGGAUGAUGGGAGGCAAGGCGAUGAAGUACGGUGUUCCGCUGGCUGGCCUCGGGGCGCUGGGGGCCGGAGGGUACAUGAUGUCUAAGGGUAUAGGUCAUGGAUUCCACGGCUCCUCUUCCUCUUCCUCAGGUGGCUCAAGUGAAGAAGAAUAAGAUCCUGGAUAACCAAGAAUUAUCUUCAGGCUGCAUCAGUGCUGUAUAGUCUGGUGGGCUAAUAUUAUCUCGCUUCAGGGUCAUCAGUAAGCUCAAUGACACCCCUAAGAGAAAUUAUAAUGCAGAUGUUCUUACCGCAUCGACGUGAUCAGUAAUCUCACCUUUAGGGUAGUGAGAAUGCCUUGAGUCGCUCUUGUUAACUGUCAGAUUUUUGCUGUAGCUUUACCGGUUUCUCACAAGUUCAGUUUAAAAUAUCAUUGCUAUAGGCCAGCUUCUUGGACAUUUACUGCAUGGAUGCAUACCACAAUGAUUGGUGUGUGGUCUCCUGGUUUCUUGCAACUUGACGAGUAUUGACGUGAAGCCACAAUUGGUAACAUAGGUUCAGUAGGAAAAUCUGUAUGUCUACUCUAUCUACCUUGGUCCAUUCCUAUCUCAGUGGGAUAGAAUCUCAUUUAACCUGAAUUAAAAACUUUAUGAUCUGAUCGAAUCCUCACCUAACAUAAACUGAUCUUAAUGUAACCUUACCUAACCUAACUUAAUCUAACCUAACUUAAUUUAGCCUAACCUUAAUUUAACAAUGCCAAAAAACUCUCGGCACUUCCACUCCCUUCAGUUACUUCUUAAGACAUUGAAAGUCAUGCACAGGCUGGGACCUAUGAACCCUGCUCACAAAAGCCUAAAAGAUUUAUAUGUUUUGUGUGUGUAUAAGUGUCCUCUCAGUGCCUAAAUUCCUGGAAAGAGAAAAAGAAUUUAUAUGGCAAUUAUUUUGUAUUUCAUUUUUUUUAAUUCUGAUGAUGUCUGCUGUGUUAGUUAUCUGUGUUAUAAUCUAUCUGUUUUUGUUAGUUGUCCUUGUAAUAAUUUAUAUUUUUGUUCCAUC